UGCUUUUUCAGAUCACUUUUCAUUGUGGCUGGCAUCGAAGCAAAUCUUUUUCGAAGUGCCUCUCAAUUGUUUCUAUUGGUGCCUGUACAUCGAUGGGUUGGAAGUGCUUCCCUUGGAGGUUAUUAUAGCUGACGGAAGGCAGUCCAUUUCUCUAUCCAUUGUGGUUGGUUGGUUGUCUGAGUGCGUUAGGUUCCCCUCUUUGACGACGGACAGUCUCUCUUGAAGGCUGUGGUAUACCGGUAGCAGAACGUGCUACCCCAAAGGAUGCCUCCUCAGCUGUCGUCAGCUGUUCCAACAACAACAACAUCCUCACCGAUCCACAAGUCCAAGUCUUGUCCUGCAGAUUUUUCGGGUGAUCAGGUUGACCCUCUUCUGAUGUCGUCUUCAGCAGGCUCAGUACGGACGCCUCCCGUGUCCAAUGGAAUGAUGGGUACCAAUUCGCGUCGCAGCCGAAGAUCUGGCAGUGGUGGGAAAUUCACGCAUGGCCUCAAUGGCAACGGGACAUCCACUAUUGCUAUGGACUUGACAAAAUCGAGCAGUGCUACCGGCGCUAGUAUUACUGGUAGUACGAACCAACCAGUUCCGGGGAGACCAAGAAGACGAGGUAACAAGAAUGUCAUUCCCGUCCUAAUGGGCAAGACCAAGAAAGACCCAGCGCAAUCACUGCGGUACAGAUUCUUAAAUGCACGCUGGAUGAAGUAUCCCAUGAAAGGAACCAACAAUUCCUAUGCCUCUCUGAUCCUUGCAGUCGUGCUGUGGUACUCCCUAGGUGUCGUCAGUAUCACCACCUCCAAUCUACUCAUGAUGAAACCCACGAGAUAUAAUCAAGUUGGCGGCGUGCCUCCACUUGUUUUGACACUUCAACAACUCAUCAUUGGAUCCAUGCUACUCUGGUUCUUGCUCAGAAUUAGAUUCAUGCAGUCACCAGGCGUUCAACCAUGGCCCAGUCCCUCUGCAGCCGCUAUAGCUGCAGAAAAUAGCCGACGAAAAAACUUAUUGUUCCAUCACAAUCGACCCACAAAUAGCAAUUCACUGCUCAGUGACUUGGCUUCGUCCGUGUCGCCCAACCUUGUAUUGGCGGGUGUUUGCUUUGCCACGGGCUUUUUCGCAACCAACUUUGGUUUCUUGGCCAGCUCGGCUGCAUUUGUUGAAACGGUAAAGGCAGCAGAACCAAUCACCAGUGCUGCAGUCGCUGUCAUGUGGGGUAUCGAAGUCCUCAGUGGUCCAGAAAUGUUGAGCUUGGGAAGCAUUGUCGCGGGUGUUUUGAUAUCCACGCUGGCACAUAGUAGCGCUGCAGCGCAGGGAACCGACGCAGGUGCAUCGUCCAUGAUGCAGUCGUUGCAGAGCUGUUUGGUUGUCAUGACAGCAAAUCUUUGUUUUUCCUUUCGGGGUCUCUACCAAAAGCUAUUUCGAGCGUCGCCGGAAGGGUCAGCUGCCGUCAUUGACGAUCUCAAUUUGCAAUUCCGGAUGCAACAAAUUGGCGUGAUGCUCCUGAUAGGACCCGUGAUUAUGUUAGACCUGCGAGAGUUGCUGGGUCACAUCUGGGAAGUUCGGUCUGGGAUUGCGAUACAGUAUGUCGCCCUGGCUCUGGUCAAUGGCAUUGCCUUUACAACCUACAACCUUGCAUCAACUUUCAUUCUUACCAGAAUCUCGGUGGUCCAUCAUGCGGCUCUUAAUUGCAUACGAAGGAUAUUUGCCAUCAUUGUGACCUCCAUCUACUUUAGGAUUCCAGUGACGGUCAUCGGAAUCUUGGGAUUUUUCGUUUCCUUUGGAGGUUUCAUGUCGUUCACGCACUACAAGAUGGAACGACAGAAGCAACCCAAGCCACUUUCGUCGUUGCUCCCAGUGAGCGCUGCGGCGUCAGACAAUAGUAAGGCUCAAGUGUGAAUAUGACUACAGCAAAGCAAAAUAGAGAUAGGUAAAGCUGAAUAUAGGAGGCAACAAUAUACGCUAGCUAGCGUGCUACACACAUCCUGGCAUCGUUUCAUGUAGAUGUGUACCUGAACUGCUUCGUAACAAAUAUUCUAAGCAAACAAGAUAGACGAAAGUUGUGCAAUGUGCAGCCGCAUCCUAGGAUUUAGUCUAUUUUGUACAUUAGCUUGCAGCCAAAUCUAUGUC